AUGGACGCACCGUUUUUAUCGUUGAUUUCUCAAGCUGAAAAUACAGUUGAUAAUUUAUUCUUAAAAGGAAAAUCUAAUACAAAGUCAAAUUCCAAAAUAAAAGAUUUUUAUAUAAAUACUUGGCCAAAAGGAUUAGAACAAGAAUUCAAUGAAUUAUUAACUUGUGAUGCUAUAGAAUUUUUAGUAGAUCUUGUUGGCAAGUUUGAAAAUUAUAUUGAAGAUCUUUAUAAUCGUAGGUUACAGCGGAAGCUUCAACAACGAAAUAAUCCUCAAGAAACUUUGAAAUUUUUUAAAUUAGAUACUAAUGAUUGGAAAGUUGCACCAGUAAAUGGUAGAUUAAGUAAUCGACGUUUGGACUUAGGUGAUGUAAGCCCAAGUAACUUGGAACAUUUUACUGCUGCAUUAAAGUGUACUGAUAUUCAAGGGAUUCAAGUUGAUUUUGAUGAUGGUCAUUGCCCUACGUGGUUUAAUCAAAUAUACGGUCUUCAUAAUGUUUAUAAAGCAACCCAUAAUCUUUUACCUGGGAUUUCUGAUAUCUCUCAAACACCUAUUUUAAUGUUAAGACCUCGAGCUUGGAAUAUGAUUGAAAAUAAUUGUAGUAUAAAUGGAAAAUGUAUACCUGGUCCACUGUUUGAUUAUGGUUUGUUAAUUUUUCACAAUGGCCGAAAACUUCAACAAUCAAAUAGCGGACCGUGUUUUUAUCUUUCAAAACUUGAAAAUUACCAAGAAGCUAAACUUUGGAACGAUAUAUUUUCUUGGAGUGAAAUAAAACUUGGGCUUCCUUAUGGGUCGAUUAAAGCUUGCGUACUUAUUGAAAAUAUUAAUGCUUGUUUUGAAAUGGAAAGAAUUUUGUAUGAAUUAAAAGAUCAUUCUCUUGGUCUUAACUGUGGUAUAUGGGAUUACGCUGCAUCAAUUAUUUCUAAAUUUGCAAAUGAUAAGUUUUUUGUUCUUCCUGAUAGAAAUAAAUAUGUUAAUAUGAAUCAACGUUUUCUAAAAAAAUAUUUACAAUUAGUUAUAAAAAUUUGUCAUAAAAGAGGCAUUCAUGCAACAGGUGGUAUGGUAGCAAAAUUAUUGCCAAAGAUCGAAACUGAAGAUUAUAAACAUUUUAUUAACAACGUGCUCGAGUCUAAAUUGACGGAAAUUCAAGAAGGAAUCGAUGGUUUUUUAAUCUAUGACAUGUCUCUAAUUCCUUUAAUCAAAAAUCUUUGGAAAAAAUGUAAUAAAUUAAAUAUAAAGAAUCAAAUAAAUUAUCCUGGUAGCCUAAAAGAAAUAACUGAACAAGAUUUAUUGACUUUUCCUAAAGGUGGUGUAACCAUAGAAGGAUUGAAACACAAUAUUUGUGUUUCUAUUUUAUUUAUAUACAAUUGGCUUAAUGGUAAAGGACAUUUCAUACUUCGAGGAUCAGUAGAGGACUCAGCUACUGCUGAAAUAUCAAGAUCACAAAUCUGGCAAUGGAUACGCCACGCCGAAAAGUUAGAGAAUUAUGACAAUAUAUUUGUUACUAAAAAAAUGAUUAAAUAUUUUGCUAAGGAAAUUCUUGAUGAUCUCUUAAUGAAGUCUGAAACAAAUUACGGAAAUUGCAAUCACACUUAUAAUUAA